GGCUCCAGCAGCCUCUCUAAUAGCGGGUGUCACACAGCGGUGCCACCAUUCGCGUCCCGGAGUGUCACAAGCAGGGGACAGAGCCGCCCAAGUGCAGCGGAAAGCAGAAAUAACCCGUCCAUGCGCGUCACGGCGCGGAGGAGGAUGAGAUAAAGCCACUCAGAUGGAGGCCAGUCCCACCAGCCUCAAGAGGCUGAAGUUUGGGAAGCUGAAGGUGGUCCGUCGGCACCUGCUGCAGAGGUAUGAGCACCAGCCCUUUGUCUCCUGCCUGGCUGGUUUCUACAGCUGCCGGUGGAAGCGGUACCAGCGCGAAAGGACUGAGCCUGGGAAAUGCUGCUGCAACGUGCGGGAAUGCAUGUUUUUCCCAUUGCUCGUUGCAGCUUUCUGCUUUUCUCUGGUCUUUCUGUACACCUGGGGUGAAGGUAAAAAUGACUACAACAGCUUUGACUGGUAUAACUAUGGGAACCUGGGCUUCUGGUUUCUCUGGUCUCUUGUUAUCCUGAUUGUGGCUGCAGUCUUGUUUGCAUACAUCUCACUGUUACUGGUCCUCGCGAUGUGUUUGCUUGCAGAAGGUCAGCGGCUGUACCUGCACUGGAGUCACAAGAUCGGUACUUUUCUUGUCCUGGGCUUCUCUAUCGCAUCCCUCUUUGCAUUAUCUAUACUCUGGCGAGAUCACCGGAAAACUGUCCGCCUGUCAUUCCAGGUCACAGCUCCUUACCUCCACAUAGGGGCAAUUGCCAUCAUGGUCCUUCUUGCCUGGCCUGUGGCUUUUCAUGCCAUCAGAGCAGAUAAGAAAGUUACUCAGGUGAUAAUUGUUGGUCCAUACCUGGCUAUCCUUCUCUUUCUUUUCUUGAUACCUCUGGGGAUGUAUUCUCCUUGCAUCAGAGAAAUGGGAACACUUGGACCAAAGCCAGCCCUCAUUGGACACCGUGGAGCACCAAUGCUGGCGCCAGAAAACACUGAGAUGUCGUUUCUGAAGACUAUUGAGCAUGGUGGGGAUGGGCUUGAAACAGAUGUCGCCAUAAGCUAUGAUGGGGUUCCUUUCCUCAUGCAUGAUGACACCUUGAAAAGGACAACUAACAUCGAAGAGGUCUACCCUAAUGACACUGGUAAAGCUGCUUCGUUUUUCUCCUGGGAUGCUCUUCAGAAAUUGAACGCUGGAACAUGGUUCCUUAAGAACAAACCUUUUGUAGGGAUGGGCUCCCUGUCAAAGGCAGAUCAAAACCAGGCAAUGAAUCAGUCCAUUUACACGCUAAGUAGUUUUUUGCGCCUCGCAGACAGUCACAAUAAACUUGUGAUAUUUGAUCUCUACCGCCCUCCAGAGAAACAUCCUUACAGGAACUUGUGGCUCCGCAAAGUCCUGGACGUCAUCCUCAAAGAGUCGAAGAUUAAACGCCAUCUGGUCCUGUGGCUGCAUAACAGCGUGAGGUCCUUUGUUCAAUCUGUUGCUCCAGGGUUUCAGCACACGAUGGGCAGAAAGGCACCAAUAGAAGACCUAUUAAAGCACAAUAUUGUCAAACUCAAUCUGGUCUACACUGACAUGUCCAGUGAAGACAUCCGGAAAUAUGCCGCGGCAAACAUCACCACCAACUUCUAUGUGGUCAACGAGCCAUGGCUCUAUUCCCUGGCAUGGUGCUCUGGGGCACACUCUGUGACCACCAAUGCCGUCCACUUGCUGAAGGAUCUCAGCCAGCCGCUCUUCCUCAUGACUCCACAGCAGUACAGCAUCAUGUGGAUCCUGACAGAUCUGACCUCUGCAUUCCUCAUCUCACUCAUCUUUGUUCUGCACUGGUGGCGAGAGAAGAAUUUCUCCUGCUGUCCUGCCCAGGACAGUAACCUGAUGAUAGAGGGUGCUGGCACCUACAACAAAUUCAAGACAGAGCUCAACGACAUGCCUGCUGUCCUGGCAUGACAUGGGCAGAGAAGGAACAUGGACCUGCCAAUUCCAUGAGGCUGGGAAGACCAGCUGGUGGGGGCUCAGAUCUACCUGGUGAGGAGGAGCCAUUUGCCUCCAUGGUCCUGCUGGAGAUGAGCACCAACCUUCCUCUCCUACAGCUUUUCUCACAUUCCCAUGCCUCUCAGGGUCCUUGGGGUGCAGGGGAGCGCAGAUAGAGUUGUAGCCAUGAAGAAAUUGUGCAUUAUGGUGAGAUGCAGCAACCACAUGGGAGCCACCAUUUACCUGAGUCCACUGGCAUCCCACAGGGCAAUCAUUCCUGCUGUGUGUAAGCCCUGUUUCCACACAUGCUGCAAACAUCUGAGCAUCCUCCAGACCUCCUUGUUCUCAGGUGCCCAGGUUUCUCGUAUCAGACCAGCCUCUUCUCCACACACUACCUCCCAUCCUCCCCCCUUGCAGGUGUCCUCCAUCCCCAAGAGCACACUAUCCCCACCACGAUGGUCAGGUGCUGCUGGCUGGGUCAUUACAACCAGUACCUUUCUAUAACAGAGGCAGGGGCAACUUUGGUUUUCCUUUUCCCCACUCUUGCCCUGCCACAGAGCCUAACAGGACAAUCUCCUCCCCUUGUCUGUGGGUGAAGGCAUGUGGGGGCCAAAGGACUUUUUAGUGUCUUGGCCAUGUAGCUACUGGGACUAUGACCAGUAGCAACAACUUUUCUUUAGAAGGAUGGAGCUGUGUGUGAAUUGGUCCCACCAAGUGUUUGCUUUUCCCUUGGGAAGGUCUAUACACCUGUACUAUAGCCUGGGAUUUAUUCUGGUUUUCAUUUCUCCCAGUGGCUCCUGGCACACAGUGGGGAGGGGGCCUAUGCUCUGUAAGGGAGAUGUAAACAUCUCUCAGUUUAAGCCAUAUCUUUCUACUUGAAGAGAUAAUAAGAAUAUGUUUUUUGUAAAUUGCAAGUGAUGUUUUAAAUACAUUUUAUCUCUCCUAUCCUGUUUUGUUCUUAUUUCAGCAAAAGUGAUCACAAGUAGAGGGCAGUAUUAAGUUUCA